AUGGACUCGCUUUGCAUUUGACGACAUUAAUAACAGUUGUUUACGACAAAGUGCCAGUGGACUGAAACUCGAACGAUCUGUCACUGCCAUGACUAGCACUGUCAAGAGCUCCGUGACCCUUGUACUCCCUAAGCCGCCUAGGAUAAAGCGACAACACUUGAGGAAGUACUCCUGGCUCCCUGAUGUAUUCCGAAUCGAAGGGAGUAUCAUCACAAGGAUUAUCGGACCAGUCUUGACAGUCACGAUAUUCGCGACCCUCAUUGCAUAUCUAUUCAAGCGCGGAUACGACGUUACUCUGACCAACUCGGUGGUCCCUGUCGUCGCUGUCGUAGUGGGUCUGAUUCUCGUAUUCAGAACUUCCUAUGACCGGUUCUACGAGGGCCGGAAGGAUUUCGCGACCAUGACCAGCCAGAUUCGCAAUCUCUCCCGGCUCGUCUGGGUUAACGUCUCAGUCCCGCCUCCCGACUACAUCAACACCACCAAGGGCAAGACGCCGCACGUCGCGCUGACCGCGGCGCAGCUCCGGCGCAAGAAAAUUGACGUGCUAAAGCUAGCCCUGAGCUUCGCCUACGCCGUCAAGCACUACCUGCGCGACGAGGACGGUAUUCACUGGGAGGAUUACUCGGGAGUGCUCCCCGCGAGCUUCGCGCGGUACGACGAGACGGGGUACACGCACGCGAACAACUCGUACGCCUCUCUCGAGACGUCCCUCAGCGCGUCGAUGUCACCCACCAGCCCCAUUACCCCGGCGACGUCGAAGCCGGGUACGAUGCGCCAGGGGAGAUCGGACGCGACGAAGCGCGUAAGGCCGAAACGGAAGGACGGGAAGGUGACCCCGAAGACACCGCUGCUGGCCGAGGCGCACCAGACGGUCGAGUUCCACGCGUACGCGGACGAGGCGUCGUUACCGCUCCCCCUGGUAAUUGCGCACGAGAUUGGAAGGGCGGUGUUUAGGUUCAAGAGGGAUGGGUAUCUGGAGACCGUCGGCCCUGCCGGUACGAAUGCGUUGAAUCAGCUGUUGCAAGGCAUGGUAGACCAGAUGACGGCUAUGGAACGCGUUGCGAACACGCCAAUCCCAGUAUCGUACCGCAUACAUCUGAAGCAGGCGGUGACGUUAUACCUCUUCGCCUUACCCUUCACGUUGAUCAAAGAACUCGGCUGGAGCAUGAUACCCAUAGUGACCGUCGUAGCCUUCACGUUCAUGGGUAUUGAAGGCAUAGCGGAUGAGAUUGAGAACCCUUUCGGCCAUGACAAGUCUGACUUGCCGCUGGACAGAUACUGCGCUGACCUAAAAGAAGAGAUUGAUUAUAUCAUCGAGAGACUCCCUGAAGGGGGCGAAGGCAUGUUUGGGUUCGACGAUGGAGAAGGGGAUGAUUGA